CGAAGACCCAUCACAGCUGCCGAAGAUAAAUAUCCAUGACUUCGAACAUAUCAAAGAGCGAUAUACUUCGUUGGAUGAAGAUCAUUGGCCCAAAACCAAUUUAUUUAGACCAUUGGGAUUUAGUUUGGUAUCAAAAACCGGACUGGCCUAAAUCAUUGUUGGCGAGAAUACCCGAACGGGAUAAGGAUCCUUUAAAUCACAUCCCUAUAUACGAUCCACCUGUAGAGCACUGCUAUGAGUACCAGACCCCAAGAAAAUUCCGUAUUCAAGCGAAUAUUCCAGAAGAAGCUCAGCUGAUCUGGAUGGAACACCGCCCAGGAUCUGCAUCCAGAAUAGAACCGAAGAAGACGGAAGGACAAGUUGAGAAAGCGAAAGUAAAGAAGUCUAAGAAGAGAGAUACUCGUCUUUUGCCAAAGAAAGUAGUUCUUGAUGGGCUCAGUGGAAAAGAACUCAUUUUAGCCAGACGAAAGAUGCCGAAGAAGAAAUUUUUAGCUUAAAUAUUUUACAAUUUUUUAACAACCAUUUAUCGAAUGACGAUUUACGUUCACGAGAUAGCGUUAGUGACGCGUAAUACCCUAUUAGUCCAAUCACCGUUACUGUAACAUUUU